CGGCGGCGGCGGCGCCAGAACAUGGAGCUCGAGAACAUCAUGGCCAACUCGCUGCUGCUGAAAGCGCGUCAAGUCCUCUGCCUCCUGCCACAAAAGCAUCAGUUGGUCCAACCCUUCAGCGGGAGACCCCCGCAAUCCUCUCUCUUGGACCUCAUGUCUCCCUUGCUUGCCUCUCAAGAGAGCUGGUGACAGAACCUCGGACCUCAAGUCCCCCCAUGCCAGCCACAGUAGUUCUUCACACCCCAUCACUCUUACGGAAUUGCUGAUUUCCUCUAUUUCCUUGUGUGAUGGAGCAGCUCUGCUUGGAUUUUGUGCUCCAGGACAGGGUAAAUGCCUACUGAAGAUGUGACACCAGCCAGCGCUGCAUACUUAAAGGACAAUCUGGAGCCAAAGGUGGCGGCCACGCUUGUAGUCCCAGCUACUCUGGAAGCUGAGGUGGAAGGCUUGCUUGGGCCCAGGAGAGUCCAGCCUGGGCAAAACAGAGGAUAUGGUAAAAAAAGUGGUCGUAGUAAAAAAUGGAGGGAGAUAUUGACGCUGCCUCCUGUCAGCCAGUGCAGUGAGCUCAGACAUUCCAUUGAAAGGGAAUAUAACAGUCUUUGUGACAAGCAACCGAUAGGAAGACUUCUCUUCAGGCAGUUCUGUGAUACCAAACCCACUCUAAAGAGGCACAUUGAAUUCUUGGAUGCAGUGGCAGACUAUGAAGUUGCUGAUGAUGAGGACCGAAGUGAUUAUGGACUGUCAAUCUUAGAUAUAUUCUUCAAUGAUAAGUUGGCAGCCCCUUUACCAGAAAUACCUCCAGAUGUUGUGAGAGAAUGUAGAUUGGGACUGAAGGAGGAGAACCCUUCCAAAAAAGUCUUUGAGGAAUGUACUAGAGUUACCCAUAACUACUUAAGAGGGGAACCAUUUGAAGAAUACCAAGAAAGCUCAUAUUUUUCUCAGUUUUUACAAUGGAAAUGGCUGGAAAGGCAGCCCGUAACCAAGAACACAUUUAGACAUUACAGAGUUCUAGGAAAAGGCGGAUUUGGAGAGGUUUGUGCCUGUCAAGUGCGAGCCACAGGAAAAAUGUAUGCCUGUAAAAAGCUACAAAAAAAAAGAAUAAAGAAGAGGAAAGGUGAAGCUAUGGCUCUAAAUGAAAAAAGAAUUCUGGAGAAAGUGCAAAGUAGAUUCGUAGUUAGUUUAGCCUACGCUUACGAAACCAAAGAUGCCUUGUGCUUGGUGCUCACCAUUAUGAAUGGAGGGGAUUUGAAGUUUCACAUUUACAACCUGGGUAAUCCCGGCUUUGAUGAGCAGAGAGCUGUUUUCUAUGCUGCAGAGCUGUGUUGCGGCUUGGAAGAUUUACAGAGGGAAAGAAUUGUAUACAGAGACUUAAAGCCUGAGAAUAUUCUCCUUGAUGAUCGCGGACACAUCCGGAUUUCAGACCUCGGUUUGGCCAUGGAGAUCCCAGAAGGGCAGAUGGCUCGAGGAAGAGUUGGAACAGUCGGCUACAUGGCACCUGAAGUUGUCAAUAAUGAAAAGUAUACGUUUAGUCCCGAUUGGUGGGGACUUGGCUGUUUGAUCUAUGAAAUGAUUCAGGGACAUUCUCCAUUCAAAAAAUACAAAGAAAAAGUCAAACGGGAGGAGAUCGAUCAAAGAAUCAAGAAUGAUACUGAGGAGUAUUCCGAGAAGUUUUCAGAGGAUGCCAAAUCUAUCUGCAGGAUGUUACUCACCAAGAAUCCAAGCAAGCGGCUGGGCUGCAGGGGCGAGGGAGCGGCUGGGGUGAAGCAGCACCCCGUGUUCAAGAACAUCAACUUCGGGAGGCUGGAGGCAAACAUGUUGGAGCCCCCUUUCUGUCCUGAUCCUCAUGCCGUUUACUGUAAGGAUGUCCUGGAUAUCGAGCAGUUCUCGGCAGUGAAAGGGAUCUACCUGGACACCGCAGAUGAAGACUUCUACGCUCAGUUUGCUACAGGGUGUGUCUCCAUCCCCUGGCAGAAUGAGAUGAUCGAAUCUGGGUGUUUCAAAGACAUCAACAAAAGUGAAAGGGAGAAAGCUUUGCCGUUAAAUCUAGACAAGAACAUACAUACCCCGGUUUCCAGACCAAACAAAGGCUUCUUCUAUAGACUCUUCAGAAGAGGGGGCUGCCUGACCAUGGUCCCCAGUGAGAAGGAAGUGGAACCCAAGUGAUGCUGAGCAUCCCCCUGCAGACCGCAGAGCAGACCCUGGCGCCAGGAGGGAGCAGGUGUGGGCGUCUCCUCCCAACUGGAAUUGUAAUAAAUACAUCUAAAUAAAACGUGCCUUGGGAGUGUACAGAUCUUUCCACACUAA